ACACCCACUGCUAAUCCUGUACUGGGGUACAGUCCUCCCAUUCCUCUCCCCUGACAAAUUGCUGAUUAGUUUCUGUCUUCACACCCAGGCUGACUUCUGCACCGAUCUCCAGACAGUGACCUCAUUGCCUUUUUCAGCUGGUGAGAAACUACAGUAAAAUGGAAGGGGUAAACAAAGUGGGGGGAACUAAUGGCCAGAAGAUUUAGGAGGUAGGAAUCUGCUCCUUGCUAUCCUGCUCCCAUUGUGUGCCUGAGCUUGAGAAAGUGCAAGCUGAGUCUCGACAAGCUCUUUUCUGCGGCGGUUCCUCUGGAAACUCAGCCCAGUCCUCCAGAUGGUGACUUGGGAUAGCCUGCAAAUUAUAUGCCCAAUAGUACUAGACCCACGCUCCUGUCACUGCUACAAAUUCUGUCUAGUACUGGAAUUCACCCACCUUCUGCAGCAGGAGCUCUUCAUUCCCAGCCCAAAUGUCUCACCAAUAUAUAAAUAUUAAAAACAAAAGCCAGUGCUGUCACAGAGCUGAAUUUGUGUCUGCUCUGCGCAGCCAGCAGUGUGCCUACCUCUAACAGCUGCAGUUCAUGCUCACACUGAUUAGAGAAAUAGCAUUAACAGCACUCUGCCUAUAAUGACUAUGUUCAAUACUCCCACACAAUACAGCCUUCAAUAUCGUCCCUUUAGAAUGUGUUUCAAAGUGUCAUCCCAUCCCUGACCCUGACAGACACCUCCAGGUCCUGGCCAGCAGCAGCUCAACUCACAUUUGUCUUCCCAGACACUCAGUAAACACCUUUGUGUCCUUUUUCUUUAGAGGAAGGGGUCUUGCUGAGCUCACCCUGAAAUAUAUCACCCUGGACAAAAGGGCUGAAAGGUUAAGGAGCUCUAGGGGGUGGUUCAGCAGGGAGCUGGGGCCAGUUGCCUGCCAGAACCAAAGCUAUAAAGGCAGAAAGGGGUUAGCGACCACAUCCAACACAGAUGCUGCAAGUCCUGCCUUGCCUCCUACCAGCCCUGGGCUAAGAAGAUGCUGGGGCUUCGGUCAUGGCCUUGCUCAUUUUUCCUCUUCUUGGUUCUGCUGUCUGCCAGUGUUCAGACUGUGUCCUUACCAGGACAGAGGCUACAGAUGCUCCUUUCACGAUUGCUGCCCCUGGAGCCGGAGUCCACGCUGACUGAAGAGGACACGAAGGAGGGGUCCAGCUUCGGUCCUCAGCUGCUCUCCUCCACUCUCCCCUUCAUCCCAUCUGGGGCUAGAGCUGUCCGUCCAUCCCUCUGGCGCAAGAACCUCGCCAGUCGCAAGUGGGCACUGCCUGGAGAUUGGGCCUGGAAGGCCAUGCCCAGGGGUUGCUUCGGGCUGAAAUUGGACCGAAUCGGGACCUUCAGUGGUUUGGGGUGUUAGCUUUGGAGGGUCUCCAAAGUGAGAGGGCCAAGACUGUGGGCUCGAGCAAGCGGGCAGGGAAGAAGUUCAGGGUAGAGCU